UUACCUCCAUUUAUUGCCCAUGCCUGCCGAAGGACAAAGCAUAGCGCGUCUUUUGAAAAUGAUUACAAAGCUUGACAGUGUGCUUCUGCCUCGAAAAAAGUUUAUCUUUCAUUACAAGAACAUGCGCUGGGCAAGGGGCCGGCAUGAGACAUACCUCUGCUUUGUAGUGAAGAGGCGAGUGGGACCAGACUCCUUAACCUUUGACUUUGGACACCUUCGCAAUCGCAAUGGCUGCCAUGUAGAAAUACUGUUCCUGCGCUACCUGGGAGCCCUGUGCCCUGGUCUGUGGGGAUGUGAAGGUACUGGAGAGAGGAGGCUCAGUUACUCCAUCACCUGGUUCUGCUCCUGGUCCCCUUGCGCAAACUGCUCCAGCAGACUGUCCCAGUUCCUCAGCCACACGCCCAACCUUCGCCUCAGGAUCUUCGUCUCUCGCCUUUACUUCUGUGACAUGGAGGAUAGCCGUGAAAGAGACGGCCUAAGAAUGCUGAAAAAAGCUGGCGUGCAGACCUCAGUCAUGAGUUACAAAGACUUUUUCUAUUGCUGGCAGACCUUUGUGGAUUGUAAACAGAGCAAAUUCAAGCCAUGGGAAGAUCUGCACCAAAACUCUGUUCGCCUUUCCAGAAAACUCAACCGCAUCCUUCAGCCGUGUGAACCAGAAGAUUUGAGAGAUGCCUUCAAGCUUCUUGGACUGUAAUAAAUAGACGUGACCUUCUCUGGUGUCACUUUUAAAUGUAUAUAAAAACACAUGUCUGUGUUCGUCCAUCACUACAACUGCUAAACUGAGAAUGAGGAAAAGCUGCUUUCAAGUUGUGGCAAGGCUUGCAAGGAUGGGUAGCUGAUGCUUGCUGCUUCUGUAGUAGGAUAUGUUGAUGUGAAAUUAAACAAUGAGUUAAUA